UCAGGGCCAGUUGAAGGAAACAGUGAAAUGAAGGUGCAUUUUGCAUUCUCACAAACCAAUGAAACUCUGCUUAUCUUAAACCAACCUGCUCACAGGAUCAGGGAAAAAAGGACCAGCAUAAAAGGCAGGGCAGGGCUAACUGUUGCUUUCACUUGCUUCUGACAUAACCGAGUUCAAUUAGCAACCUCUAUCAGACACCAUGGUGCAUCUGACUGGUGAGGAGAAAGCUGCCGUUGCCUCCCUGUGGGGCAAGGUGAACGUGGACGAAGUUGGUGGUGAGGCCCUGGGAAGGCUGCUGGUGGUUUACCCUUGGACCCAGAGGUUCUUUGACUCCUUUGGGGAUCUGUCUUCUGCUGCUGCUGUUAUGGGCAACUCUAAGGUGAAGGCUCAUGGCAAGAAGGUGCUAGGUGCCUUUAGUGAUGGCCUGGCUCACCUGGACAACCUCAAGGGCACCUUUGCCCAGCUGAGUGAGCUGCACUGUGACAAGCUGCACGUGGAUCCUGAGAACUUCAGGCUCCUGGGCAAUGUGCUGGUGUGUGUACUGGCCCGCAACUUUGGCAAGGAAUUCACCCCACAGGUUCAGGCUGCCUUUCAGAAAGUGGUGGCUGGUGUGGCCACUGCUCUGGCUCACAAGUACCAUUGAGAUCCUGGACUGUUUCCUGAUAACCACGAGAAGACCCUAUUUCUCUAGAUUCUAUUUUCUGAACUUGGGAACACAAUGUUUACUUCAAGGGUAUGGCUUCUGCCUAAUAAAGAACUUUCAGCUGAUUAA